AUGCUGAAACAUUCACUCUUUGGCUCAACGUCAUCAUCCUCUUCUUCGGUCGUUCUCAUUUCAUCAGCCAACAAAGUUUGGUUUUACAGCGUGGUUGGAUCAAGAAUUGCAGCGACGAAAUUUAACUCAUUAACAACAAACAACAAUAAUUUGAGGUUGGAUAACGGUUAUCAUUUGGGUUUGUAUCUGACCAAGAAGUUUCAUCGGAAUUUAUUAUUGAAUGAAUCAACAUCAAGCAACGGCGGUGGAGGACUCUAUGAUUCAGCUCUCUCACCAUCAUCAGAAACAAGAACAACAAAACAAGCAACAAAAAUCAAAAAAUCUUCCUCACCCGUUAUUGCUUCUGCUCCGAAGAAAGUCUAUGAACGAAAAAACACUCCGAUCAUUACACUCGAUCGUGAGCAUGAAGAAAACGAAUUGAAAAACUUGGGAGAUUUAUCGAAUAAGGAAAAACUCAAGAAACAUUUGGGAUUAACAUCAGUGCCAACACACAUUACCCCACAACAACGUGAGACUCUGGAAUUGGCUAUGGGUGAGCUUGUAGCAAAGGACAAGACAGAACCGGUAACUCUGAAGAAGAAAAAGAAGAAGGCUGUUACCACAAGUAAAGCGAGGGAUGAACAAAUUAUCAAAGAAAAACUUGAAUCCACAAAGCGACCCGAUGAUAGUGGAAAAACUGAAGUAUCAUCAUCUUCAACACACAAAGAUAGACAGCAUCUCUCAUUGAUGGAAGCACCAAAUCAGACUCUCCAAGAGAGAUUUUCAAAGAAAAAUUCGCAAUCUUUAACAUCCACACAAAUUGUAGAAAGAACGCUCGAUACACACAAAUUUGAUACGGACAAGCCAGAGACACUUGUUCCAUUCAAAUCUCCAAGAUUAAUCAAACUUUGGAAGGAAGGAAAAAUUGUUCCUGAGAAUAUCCGAAACAGAUUGCGAUUCCAAGAAACACCUGAAGGAUUAUUUGAUAUUUAUUUUCAAGAUGACCCUGGUUUUACCAAGUUAACAAAUACACUGUUGACUCCAACCAGUACCUUUUUACAACUUGAAAAAUUGAAAAUGUUAUCCGAAGAAACAGAUCCAGAACUGUUUUUCAAGUCAAAGCCACUCACUAUCAAAAACUUUAAUUAUCUCAUUCGAUGUCAAGCCAUCCAGGGCCAACUGGAAUUAGCGGAAAAAACUUUUGAAAAAUUGAAAAGUUUGGGACCUUCCAAAGCGGAACUCGAAGCAAUCAUACAGAAACGAAAAGCUUCCCUAUUGAACGAUUAUGUGCAUGACGAUACACUCUAUUUGAUUCCAUCAGAGUAUACAUUUGCUGCCAUCAUGCAAGCAUGUGCUGCAAAAGGAGAAUACAAAAAGGCAUAUGGAUACCUUCGAGAAAUGCAACAAGAGUAUCAAAUUAGCCCCAAUGUUGUCUCCUAUAGUAUUGUGGUUCAUGCCAUGAUCAAGGCAGGAAAGAUCGAUGAGGCCUUCCAAAUGGUAGAGGUGAUGCGUUCUCAUAAUCUCCCAACAGAUACAGUUCUUCAUACAGACCUCAUUAAAGGAUGCAUCGAGACGGGCGAUGUGGAAAGAGCUUGGAAUCAUUACAUGGCUAUGGGAAUUGUGUAUGGUGUUCCACACGAUGAAGUCACCAUCACUGUAAUGAUUGAUGCAUGUGCCAUUAAAGGCCAAGCUGAGAAAGCUAUGAUGCUCUUUAGAAGGUUGGAAGAACAAAUGAUGGCUGAGCCAUCAGAGGCCACUUUCAAUUCUCUCAUUAAGGCAUUCUCGAAACGAAAAGAUCUUCGUCACAAAGCAUUUGAAAUUGCCGAUAGAAUGGAACUACAAGGUUUUAAGCCUGAUAUUUAUACCAUCAAUUCAUUGAUUAAUGCAUGUGCAGAUGAUGGAGACGUCUCCAGAAUGAAAAAAGUUUUGAAAAAGAUGAAAGACUGUGGCAUUAAACCAACGGAACACACCUACAAUUCAGUCCUAAGUUGCUACAGUACGGCACAACAAGUGAAAGGAAAUAACAAUCUCACAAAGGAACAAAAUCAAAAUAUUGUUGAUGCCUUAGCUGUUUUUGAAAAGAUGAAAGAAAGUAAUUUACCAAUCACCAAUUAUACACUCAAUGCAUUGUUUGGAGUUUUUACAAAUGCGGCCAGAAUCAAUAGAGCAGAAGAAUUCUUCGCAAAAACUUUCCAAGAAAAUCAACUCGUACCAGACAGCAUUUCCUAUGCACUUUUAGUGAGGAUGUAUUGUAGGACAAAACGAACAGAAAAAGCAAUGGCUCUCUUUGAUGAAAUGAAAGAAAAAGGAAUAAUACCCACAUAUCAAGCUUUCAAGCACAUGGUGUUCAAGCUCGUCGAUGAAGGUUAUGUUGAAAAAGCACGUGAUUAUUUGCGACAAAUGUUCGAGGUGGGUGGUUUCAAGUUAUCACCAAGUGACAUUAUCAAGUACAAGAGUAGAUUGGCAGGCGCUGCUCGUCUGAUUAAGGAACGAAAACAAGAGGAAAAUAUUGAUGAGUAUAUCAAGACAUUUGUCGAUUUGGUUGAUUAUGAUUUGGAUAAGCCAAAAGAAAGUGGUAAUGCUGAUCAUUUCAACAACAACACACCAGCUCAAAACUUGGCAAAAUCACUCGCUUCUUUUGAAUAA